AUGAAAACCUUCAUCACGACAGUCCUCCUCGUCGCUGCCUCCAGCCUCGCUGCUGCUCAAUCCAUCUGUCCUGAUGGUACUAGCCCUCAGUGCUGUCUGGAUGAUUACAUGAAUGGCGGUGUUUCGUUCUGCACUGAUCCCAGCCGAGCACCAACCAGUAUUCCUAAUCUCAUGGACCUUUGCAUUGAGCAAUCAAAGGACGCGAAAUGCUGUGCUACCCCAACAUUUAGCGAGGACCUGAAACCUGUGUGUAGUGGUGUCUUCUGA